GGGAGCAGCUUCCAGAUAUUAGUAUGGCAAGAAAUACGCAUAUGUUUUAACAGAAAACCAAUGUGUUUCCUUUAGGCUUCCUUAGUUUUCAGGAUUUUUGGCAAUAAGUCUGGGUCAACACUCAACAGCUUCAAGCUCUCUGGACCCUAUUAUAAAUACAAGGCCUUGUGAUUUAAAGUUAUUGUUUAAAAUGCUACCACCAGCUAUUCAAUUUUUGCCUAAGUGGUACCAUGACAACUCCCACAUGACCUGCCGCAAACACACCACUGUUGUUAGAGCUUUGCUCAAGAAGUUUCCAGCUGAUGACUCACACUCUUUGAAGGAGUCCAGAUUUAGAUAUAUUUUAUGUUCUUUUAAGAUGCAUCGUGCCUACCAGCCAAUUCUGCCAUGUGGCAGUAAAUACCUUCAGCAGAAGUGGGACAAAACUACGUAUGAAGGGCAUAAGAAAAAGAUCCUGACAGCCAAGCCUGCGGUAGACACAUCUGCUCCUCCAACAUAUGGAUAUCUUCAUUUGAAAUUAAGAAAACUUAAGCUGGAUAAGGAUCGUUUGUCUACAAUAGAGCGAGAUAACCAUUUGUUGCUGAAGAAGAUAUCUUACAUCAUGAAGACUGAAGGAAGAAUAGAUAAUAAAAAUGAAUAUAAAGCCAAAAGUUUAAACAGAGAAAAACGAGAGCAAGAAUUAUUCAGAAUAAACCAAGAAAAUUGUGUCAUUCUGGAAAGAAUUGCAAAGUGUAAAUCUUGGUACAGUAUCCAGAAAUGGAAUGAAGAUUGGCAAAAGACUGAAAAUUACAUGAGCAGUAUUACAAGAUAUCCUCAAGGACUGUGCAAGUUGCAGAUUCAAAAGGAACAACAUAAGAAAAUGCAUAAAAAAAGACUGAAAGAUAACAAACUGAAAGAUGGACCUCUGACAGAUAAUCAAGAAGAAGGAAUAGAACCAAUCCACCAAAACAAAGAAUUGAAUGAGGAUCAUCAAAGAGAAAAUCCAAUAGAAAAGGCUUAACUUCAACUCCUACAAUUCAGACAGUGGCAAUUCAGACAAUGGAUAUCACACAUUGGAAGUCCUGAUGUAUGGGAAAUAAUUACGGGGAAAUUACUAUGAUUAUAGAUAUUAGAUAUACUGUAUCUCACAGGUGAAUAAUGUUCACACCAGAUAUUAAGUAUGAACAUAUUAGCAAGCUAAUUAGACCGGCCAACCUAAGCAUCUUUGAAAAUAAAUUUCAUUUAAAUUAGUGGUAAUUACUUCCAAAAAAGCUAGUUAAGGCUGAGCAUUAUUUAUGUGAUAGACAGAACCUUCUUUUCUAAAAUAAAUGUCACCGAAUUAAUGAAAACUUCAACAGGAUGGAUGGAUAGAUGGAUGGGCAAACAGACAGAUAUUUACAGCCGUGGCUGAAGGGUGUUAAUCAAGGGAAAUCUCUUAUGUGAAUUAUACUCUCUCAGCAUUCACUCUUAAUAUAUCAAUUAAUUAAUACAUCAUUAAUAAAACACAAUUCUGAUGCUCUACUGUAAUAUUUUUUAAUCUUCUAGUGGCUUUUCCUUAAAAGUAUUCUGAAUUAUAUUGUUUGAGCUAUGGGAUCCAGAAAUGUGCCAUUUUCUGUGCCCUGGCAAAGCAAUCUAAUGUUUCUUUACUUGUGUGAAAUAUGAAUUAAAACAACUC